CCCGGAUGGGGAAGCAGGCGGGCGGCCGCCCCGCCCCGGCCGCGCAGCCCAGGAACGUGGCUCCUUUGUCCUGCCUCAGAGAAGUUCAUCCUUGCAGACCUAGCCUGGGUUGCUGCCUUUGACAACAGGAAAGGGUCGGUAGGAUAUCAGCCACAGCUGAUCAUGGCAUUUCCAGAGAGGUCUAACUUGAAAGCUUCCUAAAGCACAGGAACCCAUGGACUUGGCCGAGUGAGGGAGUCGAUGAUGUGUGCCCAGCCUGUGACUAACACCGAGGAGGUCAGGUGGCAGAAGGUCUUAUAUGAACGACAGCCCUUCCCUGAUAACUACGUGGACCGCAGGUUCUUGGAAGAGCUCCGGAAGAACAUCUAUGCCCGCAAGUACCAGUACUGGGCGGUGGUGUUUGAGUCCAGUGUGGUGGUCCAGCAGCUGUGCUGCGUCUGUGUUUUUGUGGUUAUUUGGUGGUACAUGGACGAGGGUCUUCUGGCACCCCAUUGGCUGUUUGGGACUGGACUGGCCUCUUCACUGGUGGGUUACAUUUUAUUCGAUCUCGUUGAUGGAGGUGAAGGACGGAAGAGGAGUGGGCGGACGCGGUGGGCUGACUUAAAGAGCGCUCUCGUCUUCAUUACUUUCACGUAUGGCUUUUCCCCAGUCCUGAAGACGCUCACCGAGUCGGUCAGCACUGACACCAUCUACGCCAUGGCAGUCUUCAUGCUCUUGGGCCACCUCAUCUUCUUUGACUACGGUGCCAAUGCUGCCAUUGUGUCCAGCACGCUGUCCUUGAACAUGGCCAUCUUUGCCUCUGUGUGCCUGGCCUCGCGCCUUCCGCGGUCUCUGCAUGCCUUCAUCAUGGUGACAUUCGCCAUCCAGAUGUUUGCCCUGUGGCCCAUGUUGCAGAAGAAGCUGAAGGCUUGCACUCCCCGCAGUUACGUGGGGGUCACGCUGCUGUUUGCACUGUCCGCCCUGGGCGGCCUGCUGUCCAUUAGUGUGGUGGGAGCCAUACUCUUUGCCCUUCUGCUGCUUUCCAUCUCCUGUCUCUGCCCUUUCUACCUCAUUCGCCUGCAGCUUUUUAAGGAGAACAUUCACGGGCCUUGGGAUGAAGCUGAAAUCAAAGAAGACUUGUCCAGGUUCCUCAGCUAACUUAGGGGUCCACUGUCAGAUUGCGAAAGCAAGCUAAGGGACGAAGCUGCUAACAAAUUUGAAGCCAAAGUUCUACUCGAAGCAGCAGUGGCUGAGAGAACGGAGAUGAGAAGGAGCGCUCACCGGAGCGUGGACGGGGAAGGUACUUGUCUUCUGUUUUAUGGAUGAAAAAGCUUCCUGUGUCUCAUGCACUGUUUGCUGUAACUAAUGAAGUGAUGUGGUUUCUAUUAAAAGCACCAACAGCA